AGUCCUACGCACGUUCGCUCUCGGGGGCGGACUUAGUGGCGGAAGUGGCGCCGCCGGGAGAUCCCCUUCCUCUCCGAGGCGCUGCUGGGGCCGCGGAGACCGGCUGCGGCUGGGGCUAAGAAGAACUGGGGCCGUAGCCGACAUGGAGCAGCCGUACCGCUGAGGCCCAGCCCUCUCUGCCUGGAGGUGGGGGCCGCCAGGAUGAGCAAGCUGUCUGGGGAGCCGGCCCGUGACCUGGAGCGCAGCCUGCCAGCCGUGGCCUCCCUUGGCUUGUCGCUGUCCCACAGCCAGAGCCUCUCCUCGCAUUUCCUCCCGCCGCCUCGUGAGAAGCGCCGGUCCAUCUCCGACGUCCGCCGCACCUUCUGCCUCUUUGUCACCUUCGACCUGCUUUUCAUCUCCCUGCUCUGGAUCAUUGAGCUGAACACCAACACAGGCAUCCGGAAGAACCUGGAGCAGGAGAUCAUCCACUACAGCUUUAAAACUUCCUUCUUUGACAUCUUGGUCCUGGCCGCCUUCCGCUUCUCGGGGCUGCUCCUGGGGUACGCUGUGCUGCGGCUCCGGCACUGGUGGGUGAUUGCGGUCACCACGCUGGUGUCCAGUGCAUUCCUCAUUGUCAAGGUCAUCCUCUCUGAGCUGCUCAGCAAAGGGGCCUUCGGCUACUUGCUCCCUAUCGUCUCCUUCGUCCUCGCCUGGUUGGAGACCUGGUUCCUUGACUUCAAAGUCCUACCCCAGGAGGCUGAGGAGGAGCGAUGGUAUCUCGCUGCCCAGGCUGCUGUCGCCCGAGGACCCUUGCUCUUCUCCGGCGCCCUGUCCGAGGGCCAGUUCUAUUCACCCCCAGAAUCCUUUGCAGGGUCUGACAAUGAAUCAGAUGGAGAAGCUGCUGGGAAGAAAGGCUUCUCUGCCCAGGAACGGGAGUACGUCCUCCAGGGGAAGGAGGCCGUGGCGGUGGUGGACCAGAUCUUGGCCCAGGAGGAGAACUGGAGGUUCGAGAAGAAUAACGAAUAUGGGGACACUGUGUACACCAUCGAGGUUCCCUUUCAUGGCAAGACCUUCAUCCUGAAGACCUUCCUGCCCUGCCCCGCGGAGCUGGUGUACCAGGAGGUGAUCCUGCAGCCCGAGAGGAUGGUGCUGUGGAACAAGACGGUGACAGCCUGCCAGAUCCUGCAGCGAGUAGAAGACAACACCCUCAUCUCCUACGAUGUGUCGUCGGGGGCCGCGGGCGGUGUGGUCUCCCCCAGGGACUUCGUGAACGUCCGACGCAUCGAGCGGCGCAGAGACCGAUACCUGUCAUCGGGCAUCGCCACCACCCACUGCGCCAAGCCCCCGACACACAAAUAUGUCAGGGGGGAGAAUGGUCCUGGGGGCUUCAUUGUGCUCAAGUCAGCCAGUAACCCUGGAGUCUGCACCUUCAUCUGGAUCCUUAAUGCAGAUCUCAAGGGCCGCCUGCCCCGGUACCUCAUCCACCAGAGCCUCGCAGCCACCAUGUUUGAAUUUGCCUUUCAUCUGCGGCAGCGCAUCGGAGAGCUGGGUGCACGGGCAUGAGCAUGCCCCCUCACCACCCUGCAGGCCAGGGUCCUGUCACCACGGCCUCCAGAGCCAGAGGAGGGGCCGGUUGGGCUUCCCGCUGCCCACAGAGGACCUGGCCUCAAACAGUGGGGAGGAAAGAGCUUCCUCCCACAGCAGCCCCUCGGCCCCAAGCUGCCACCCUCCACGCGCUUCACUGUGCCUGGGAGCCCUGGCCGUGGGCAGGUCGAGAGCUCGAGCGUCUGACUCUGCCGCUGAGGCCAGUGGGGUCCAUCCUGCCGACGUUUACAUGGCGUCCCUGCCUCCUGGAAGAGGAGAUCCGCUGUCCCCACCUGGCCAGGCCGGGGUCUGGAAUGGGAACCUCGGACUUGGUGGGGGAGGACCCUGGGCAGGACAGAAGUCAGGGCAGCCUUGUCGCCAGUGUGAAGGCGCAGGACCCCCUUCUUCCGCCUGCUCUCUCAUCACGGUGUUUUAGGAUUAUUUAAAGGGUCUGGGACCUUUUUCCACUUGUGGGGGUGUAGGUUGCAGGUGGGAGUGGUGGGUGCUGGCAGGGAGCCUGCCUCUCCCAGGUUCUCUCCAGGUUGCCUCCCCCCGGCCCAGGGCCUCCUUGGGGACCUUUGUAAUUUGAGCCAAUUAAAAACAUGAACU